AUGUAUCAUUUCUCAAAGUGGAAUAUUCAAAACAUUGCCCCGGAAACGGAAAAGAACCAAAUCAAAGCACAAGCGCGUGAACAUGAGCGAUUCCGACGGCUAUGCAUUUCCUUUGCCCAGUCCCUCCACCGGGUGGAUAUGCGCCUACGACUGGGGCUCCUCCAGAGCUCAGCGGCAAUAGAAAAACAGGCUGCACGCGAGGCUGCUGCUGAGGCCCAAGCGAAAAAACAAAAACAUAAUAUCACUACCGUGAAAACGGAAGCGCAAACCAAACUUGAAGACUCCUUCGCUGCAAAGCAAAAGGAAAAAGCCCAAGAGCCUCCCAAGCCGCCUCCGCCGAUCCGGAUUCGACCACUUUCAGAAGCGAAAGCCAUUGAUUCUGGAGCAACAUUUAUCAGUGAGACAUUUCUGUUUCUGGUUGCUGGUGGUUUGAUCGUAUUCGAAUCGUUCAGAUCACGAAGGAAAGAAUCAUCGAGAAGAGAGGAUGUGGCAGAACGUCUUGCUGAAUUGGAAGAGUCUGAACGGGCAGCACGUCGCGGUCUCGUUGCGCUAGAGCGGGAGGUUGUACAGCUGAAAGCAAAGCUAGAGAAACAGUCGCCGAGAAGCAUAAAGCGCAUUUUACCAAGAGAUGUUUGGGAUGUUGAUGAAGAGGAGGAAGCAAUCGAAGAGCCCCGUUGGACAUCUCGCGUUCUUGGCUACUUGACAUGGCCCAAGAAGGAGAGUGUCAGCAACACGACAUCUCCAGAGACUGCCAAUUCUCCCAGCCCCAUUAUCUCCUCAUCCGCAACCAAACCUUUGAAUGGCUCUUCCCAACCUGCUUCCUCUUCGCCACUACCAUCUCAAGCCACCAAAUAAAAUCUACUUGACGGGCCAUAUCGAGGUCAUCUUGUCAUUGAUACGUUCAUCGUUAAAGAAAUGUGAACUUAUUGCGUUUUUGGCUUCCAAUACCCUACUUGGUCAUUAAUUUUUUUAA